CAAUCAUCCCAGGCAGAGUGCUCUGGGCUUCCCAGGCAGCAGGUUGGGUCCAGCCACACAUCCCUGUCCUAACACUUCUACAGAGCCAGGCCAUGGCCAGCCACCCGUUGAUUGUGGCCCCCCCAGCCUCCCUGAGGAAGCCCCUGAGAGUCCCAAACAAACUUCUGUUGGGGCCUGGACCUGCCAAUCUUUCUUCUCGGGUCAUACUUGCAGGGACCCACCAAGUGAUCGGACCCCUGCAGGAUGAAAUGUACAAGAUCAUGGAUGACAUCAAAGAUGGCAUCCGGUAUGCUUUCCAAACACAGAACACGCUCACCCUGGCCCUCAGUGGCUCUGGACACACAGCUAUGGAAGUUUCCGUGCUCAACCUGGUUGAACCAGGGGAAUCUGUCCUGGUGGGGGUGAACGGCAUCUGGGGAGAGCGGAUAGUGGACAUGGCUGAGAGGAUUGGAGCCAAAGUGCACCAGAUGGUGAAGGUCCCUGGAGAGUAUUACACUCUGCAAGAAGUGGAGAAGGGUCUCACUCAACAUAAACCUGUGGUGUUUUUUCUCACCCACGGAGAAUCAUCCACUGGAAUACUGCAGCCCUUGGAUGGCUAUGGUGAUCUUUGCCACAGGCAUGAUUGUUUGCUCGUGGUGGACUCUGUAGCCUCUUUAGGGGGAGCUCCAAUUUACAUGGACAAGCAAGGCAUUGACGUCUUGUACUCUGGCUCUCAGAAAGUCUUAAAUUCCCCUCCUGGCAUUUCCCUGAUUUCUUUCAGUGAAAAAGCCAGAAGUAAGAUUUUUAAUCGAAAGACAAAGCCUUUAUCUUUCGUUUUGGACAUGAAGUUGCUGGCCAACUAUUGGGGUUGUGACAACAAUCCUAGAGUGUAUCAUCACACCAUCCCAAUCAUCAGCCUCUUUGCCCUUCGAGAGAGCUUGGCCCUGUUAGCUGAUGAGGGCCUGGAGAAGAGCUGGAAGAAACAUCAAGAAGCCACGGAAUACCUGCACAGGGAGCUUCAGAAGCUGGGCCUCCAGCUCUUUGUGAAGGAGCCGAAGGCGAGGUUACCCACGGUCACUACAGUGGCUGUUCCUCAGGGAUACAACUGGAAGAACAUCACCACCUACCUCUGGAAGAAACAUGACAUUGAGAUCGUUGGAGGCCUGGGACCUUCUGCUGGCCUGGUGCUGAGGAUUGGUCUCCUCGGGUGCAAUGCCACCAAAGCCAGCGUGGACCGCGUCAUCCUGGCCCUGAAGGACGCCCUGCGGCACUGUCCCAAGAGCAAGCUGUAGCGGGUCCAGCCCCCUCCCCCACCUCCUCAUCUGAAAUAAGCUGAACCUGAACUUGAUUGGGCUGGGAGUGGGUGAGAAUCUGAAGGAGCAGGGCCAGAGAAGGAAGGGGGAACACGCUCUUGAAAAAGGAUGAGAGCAGGUGAAGUAAUGGGGCUUGGGGGCCCUCUCUCUGCUCCCCGGCCUCCUUGUAGGUCCUCCCUUUGUUCUGGUGAUGCCUCUUCCUCAUACAGGCCAAUCAUCCCUAGGUUUCUUUUCUAUAGAGCUCAUAGCCCCACACUUCUGGGAAAUGGCCUUUGCAGCUUCUGAUGUCUUGAGGGUUUUCUGGGGCUGGGAAAUUGGGGUCAGCCCAAUGCCGUGCCUAUGUCUUUCUUUAAUUAAAGAACCUGUUUGGUCUGCCCUGGC